GAUGAAUGGCUGGAUUGUGCUGUUUUCUUACAAUACUAGCGUACAUGAAGGAACUAAAUUCACGCCCCACGAAUUGGUAUUCGGAAGGCUAGCUAGGUUACCAUCCGAACAUACGACGAUAGACGAACGACUUGACAGGAGUUACGAGGAUUACUUGAAACAGUUAUUUACCACUCUAAAGAAUUUGCAGACGGAAGCACGAGAAAAUUUGAUAAAGGCCAAAGAAAGGUAUAAAUAUUAUUACGACAGGAAAAUAAACCCUUUACAUUUAAGUGAAGGAGACGAGGUAUUUUUGCUAAAGGAACCAAGGGAUGGCAAAUUCGGAGAUCAUUAUACGGGUCCGUACAAGGUUCUAGAGAUAUUAAAUAAUCAGAACGUUAGGAUCAAGGUAAAAAACAAUAACCGGGUAGUGCACCGUAAUAAACUAAAAAGGAUGAUGCACCAAACACAUGACCCUACUCGCAUAUAAAACUCAUGU